AUGCCUGCUGCAGUUGGCCGCAUUACCCGUGGUACCGGAGGCCCUCAAGCAAUUAAGAAAAAAGUCGGCCGAAUUAGGAGCCACAAGUUCCGAGCGCAAGACUUUGUCCGCAAACGACAGAAUGAAUCCCUGACUGACCACUAUACCAUUGGCAAGCUCUUGGGCGAAGGUCAAUUUGGAGAAGUCUUUAUUGGAACAGUACAAAAGAGCAAUGGUGGCAAGGGCGAUAAUCGCGCCAUCAAGCGGAUCCAAAAGGUCCUCAUGACCGAAGAAGAUCACGAAGAAGUAUUUAAUGAAUUUACCCUCUUGAAACAAAUGGACCAUCCAUCCAUUGCCAAAAUGUUUGAGUUUUUUGAGGAUGCCGAGAAUUUCUGGUUUGUUCAGGAACUCUGCAGUGGUGGCGAACUAUUGGAUGAACUGGAGCGAACGGAAACUUUUUCCGAAGCUUCCGCGGCUCUCAUUAUAAAACAGGUCCUCAGCAGUGUCCACUACUGCCACAGCCAAAAACAAGUGGUACAUCGCGACCUCAAAUUGGAAAAUAUCUUGCUGGAAGAAGGAACUCAGAACGUGGGUAGCAACAGCGCAUCCUACAAUCCCAUGAUUGUCAAGGUGAUUGAUUUUGGACUGGCUACUACAUUUACAGAGGAUCAGGUGUUGACAGCACCCGUGGGAUCCAUGCAUUAUGUUGCACCUGAAGUGUUGGAACAGGAAUAUAACUACAAGUGCGAUGUGUGGAGUUGCGGUGUCAUUGCCUACAUUCUCUUGUGUGGUUUUGCUCCCUUUGACGCCUUGAAUGAUCGAGAUAUGCGAGAACUCAUCAUGAUGGGCCAUGUCUCCUUUGCGGAUCCCAUUUGGCAAAAUGAUGUUUCUCAAGACGCCAAAGACUUUGUAUCGUACUUGCUCACGUAUGAGCCUGACAAGCGACCCGAUGCCGGGCAGGCCCUCCAACACAAAUGGAUCCAAAAUCUUUCCAAGGUCCAUGCCGAAGAAUUCAAAGCCACCAAGAGUGGGACCGACGCCGCUGUCCGGCUUUUGUCCAAUUGCCGAUCGUUUGAAUCCGCGUCCAAAUUGAAGCAAGCCACUUGUGCGUUCAUGACAUCCCAGUUGGUGCUUUCGGGCGAUGAUGAUGACGAAAACGACAACAAUAAGAAUUGUGAUGAGACUGCUGCUGACCACCAAUCCAUCGCCAUGAUGAUUGGUGAAAUAUUUCGGGCCAUUGAUCUGGAUGCAGAUGGAAGAAUCUCUCAUGAAGAAUUGCGAGUGGGAUUCUUGGAUUUCCUAGGAGGAGAUGACUUGACAGUGGAGGAAGUGGAUGACAUUUUCUCUCGGAUGGAUAUGAGUGCCACAGGGUACUUGGACUACUCCGAGUUCGUCGUGGCAUCGAUGGGUCUGCAUGACCUGGAACAAGGAAAUCACAGGGCCUUGCUGAAGCAGGCUUUUGAACGUUUGUUGGACAAAGACGGGAGUGGCUUUAUCUCCAUGGAGAAACUGAGGAAAGAAAUGGCUCCCUUUUACGGGGAAGAUGUGGAGGAAGACGUUAUUCAAAAGAUUAUUGAUCAGGCCGAUGCAGAUCAGGAUGGUCAGGUUUCCUGGGAUGACUUUCAAGCCAUGAUGUCAAAGACAGCAGACUUUGUCCCUCCUGAGAACGCAACGCCACUGUCGCGUCACAAGGAACUGCCGCAGGAUGGCAAGAAGCAAUUGGAGGAACCUACCACCAAAGCGGAUGCGGAUGACAUCGUCAAGGAGGACGCCAAAGAGGACACGAAAGCAGAAACCAACGUGACACCAACGGAGACAGCCGCCGCCCAAACAGAGGCGCCCGUGGAAGCGGAAAAGACACCCCCAAGUCCGGGACGCAGAGUGAAUCGAAAUAGUGCUGCUGGCCCCAAGGCUCGAUUGAUCAGUGCUGUGUUUGAGAAGAAUUUGGAAAAGAACCGAGAGAUGGGAUUUGACAAAUUCACGUACAUUCGAAAGCAGUCCUCCAGGGGCGGUCCCAAGCGUACGCUGCCUCGAACACGUCGUGUCAACUUUGAGGAGCUUACGAAGAAGGCCAACACGCAAGUCAAUUUCGAUGCCAGAGCAGCGAGGGAUGGAAGGAGUAAAGAGAUUGAGCAGCUCAAGUCAACUCCAGGAAGGGCACGGGAACGACGAGCAACAAUUGCUACUUUGUUCCAACAAGAAAAGGAGGAGCAACGCAAUCGUAGAGAAUCGCGCAUGUUGGAAUUAGAAACUAUCAAAACGCAAAGCCAUGCCAAUGAUCGACAGCAGGUACGCAGCAGCUUCCAAGAAACCAAUGCACGCAAAGCCCAAGAGAAACGGAGUGAGGAACUCGAGAAACUGAGAUCCUCGGUUAACGUUGACGACAGCGCUAAGAAGCGGCUUUUCGAAAUGUGGAACCCACCCAAGACUUCCUGCCCUUCCGCUGGUCAACAGCGUGCGUCUCAAGUGCAGGUAAUGAAAGAUUUGAAACGAUUCAAACAAAUGUUUGACCAGGCAGCACAAGAGGGUACAUUGAAGGAGAAAUUUGCAAGGCAACGUCCAUCGUUACAAGCAGGCGCAAUGCCGCCAAGGGCCAGUCGGGGUUGGACAAAACGGCUGUCAGGCAAAUCUUAUCAAGAGUCACAGGAGGACAUGAAGAAUAGUUCUCAUCAUAGCAGACGCGGCCUAGGUCGGGCAACCAGCCAUGCAAUUUUGUUCGACAUCGAUGAUAUCGAGGAUCGGUUAGUGGACAUGCAGCCGUCGGCAAAGGAUGAGCGCUCCGCUCGAAUGAUCGAGCCACUUCGUCGCUUGAACUCUUUCGACAGUAUACAGGAACAAGACGAGAUGGACGAGCGAUUGGGUGGCAUGAUAGGCGAGGAAGUUUCUCGUGUCGCCACUGAGCAAUCGGUCGACAAGGAGGCAGACAGCGGGAAUGAAGAUUCGACAACUCCAAAGAAUCAAAAGGAAGUGAACAAAGCAAAGCCCAGACACAACGUUAAAGCCUCUAGUUGGGAGGACCAACAGAAUAGUUUAGUCAGCCAGACACAGGAGAAACGGGAAGCCCGUUUCCAAGAGCUGAAUCAGUUGAUGAAGCGGAAGUCUGGGAAAGCUAACAUUGCCCGGGAGCUCUUCGAAGCAACAAUUCAAGCCAACGAAAAAGCUGCGUCGAAGACGAGGAGCAUAAAGCCCGAGGAGGAAUGCCGACGCGCAGGGAGGCGGAACUCUCUUGCACCCACCAUUGGAAAACAAGUGUCUCCUGUUGCAACACCAAAGCAAGCGCGACGUAGCUCGAUGGGCGCUUCGACGAUAAGCGUUUCCUCUGUUGCUGCAGACGAACCCAAACGAGACUCAAUCAACUUGAAAGAGCUGGGCAAAAACGAAGCUGACAUACACAUGCCAUCCAAGGACCUCCCAGAUGUUGAGGACACCGUUCGCCGAGGGUCGAAGAGCACAUCCCACCCUGAUAAUCCGGAUUCAAACAGCAUUUCUGAUCUUGGGUACGAGGAAACUGUUCACCGAGGAUCGAAGAGUGCAUCCCGCCCUGAUAAUCCGGAUGCGAACAGCAUCUCUCAUCUUGGAUACGAGGAAACGGAGAAGAACCAAGGAUCAAUGGCAGGUUUGAGUUAUGAGGGCAAUGACAGUGUUUCAGAGCGGAAUGGAGAUUCAGUUGCUUCUAUUGGCAUGGGUGGGUCGAUGAUGGAACUAUGCUUGUCUCCCAGCCCAACGUCCCCGGCGGGUUUUGGACGGCGACGAAACACGUACAAGAAGAUCAAGACUCCCAAGAACGUGCCACGCUUCGGUACCCCAACAACACCAAAAGGACAAAAGCCAUCUCGUGCUAGAGCCAAUCGGCGAGCAUCUGCCACUGCCACCAUGACGGCUCCGGUGGGCACCGACGUAACAGAAGCCCAGAUGAAGUUCCUGAAAAUAGCAAACAAUCGGGCAAUGAAGGCAAAGGCAAAAGAUGACGCUGCAAAUGCUCAAUGA